AUGGCUGUUGCCAACCACGAGGAAGCAGAGGCCACGACGGUUCUUCUAUUCGGACCCCAGGCUUUGUCAUUCACCGAAGAAUCCUUCCAGCGAAUCCGAGUGGCGCUGAACGAUACCGAAAAUGCCUGGAUGCGUCAGGUUGUCGAAGAACUCCCGGAAUGCACCAGCCGGGUUGCUAAACAGUUCCCUAAGCUGCAGGCCACGCCAGCCGCGAAGUUACAGAACAGCUUAAGAGACUGGUUAAGGAUUGACGAAGGCGUUGCUCCAGCUGCGUCCAAGAGUCUCCCCAACGCGCUUCUUACACCUCUCGUCGUUCUCGAUCAUCUGGCACAAUAUUCUCAGUAUGUCCAACUCGCUCAUGUUGAGACCGGACUUGGGACCGAUCGAUAUGGCCCUCAAUCACGCCCCACCCGAAACCUCGGCUUUUGCACUGGUCUUUUGAGUGCACUUGCUGUGUCCAGUGCAUCUAACAAGGCCGAGUUUCGAAAAUACGCCGCGGUGGCGGUUCGCCUGGCGGCAGUGAUUGGAGCGCUGGUUGACGCUGAAGAUGCCAUUGGGCAUCAUGGUGAAUCCAAGACCUUCUCGGCGGCCUAUCAUUCUUCCAAGCAAGAAUCGGAACUGCAAAGCAUACUGCAAGACUUUCCGGAGGAUGCUGAUUCUACCGGCAACCUCCAGGCAUAUAUUUCUGUCAACUACGACGAAGGCCGAGCGACUAUCACAACAUCCAACCGUACAGCACAAGCAUUCCAGCAACGUCUCCGAGAGGCAGGCAUCACUGCGCAAGCCAUCGGUCUUCGAGGUCGAUUCCACUAUCAAGGUUAUCAACAAGACCUUGCACGACUGGUCGAGAUCUGCGAUGCUACACCAGAGCUCAGACUUCCCGAUGUCACCGAUGCAGUAAUUCCAAUCCACUCCCUGUCUGGUGGUGGACUGAUUACUGAAGGACGGUUGCAUCACAUCGCCCUGCGGGAGAUUCUCGUAGAGCAAUCGCAAUGGGGCAAGACAUUCGAUGCCAUGUCGCGGUCUAGCCUCGCCAACACACAGUCAUUGUUGGUUUCGUUCGGCUUUGAAAAGUGCGUGCCACCGUCUGCCAUGCCCCGGGUUGGUGGGCAGGUCGUCUACAUGACGGAUCAGCGCGACGCUAGGUUGAGACUUUCAGCAGUCAAGACACCAGGCGAGAUGGUCUCUGAAGACGAGAUCGCCGUCAUCGGAAUGGCCAUCAAAGUGGCGGGGGCUGACGACGCUGAUGAGUUCUGGGAUCUGAAUCUGACAGCGGAGUCGCAGCACCGAGAGGUGCCAGCAGAACGAUUCACCUUUGAGACACACUGGCGCACUGUGGAUCCCGCGAGAAAGUGGUAUGGGAAUUUUGUACGAGAUCAUGAUGCCUUUGAUCACAAGUUUUUCCAAAAGUCACCCCGUGAAGCGACCACGCAGGAUCCUCAACAGAGAAUUUUCCUACAGUCGGCCUACCAGGCUGUAGAGCAGUCGGGCUAUUUCAAUUCGCUCCAUGCGGAUCGAAAUGUGGGCGUAUCAGUCAUUACUUUGGAUGGCAUGGGUAUGGACACGUCCCUAUACCCCACCCUCUACCAGGUAGACAGCGGCGAGUGUACAGCAGCCUUGGCUGGGGGCACAAACAUCAUGACUUCGCCACUCUGGUUCCAGAACCUGGCAGGUGCUUCAUUCCUUAGUCAGACCGGACCUUGCAAGCCCUUCGAUGCCAAGGCAGAUGGAUAUUGCCGUGGAGAAGGUGUCGCAUGUGUCUUUCUGAAGAAGAUGACCAAGGCGAUUGAGGAUGGCAACACCAUCAUUGGAUCCAUUCGGAGUACAGCCGUGUAUCAGAAUGACAACUGCACACCUAUAUUUGUUCCAAACGCACCAUCGCUAUCCGGUCUGUUUGAUGACGUCGUUCGAAAGUCUGGCCUCUCCCCCAAAGACAUCACUCUGGUUGAAGCUCAUGGGACGGGUACUCCUGUCGGAGACCCAGCCGAGUGGGAUAGUAUUCGUAAGACCUUGGGGGGAAGAUCUGUACGAUCGGUCCCCAUGCCUGUUGGCUCGGUCAAGGGACUGAUAGGGCACACGGAAUGCACCUCCGGUGUGGUGGCCUUGAUCAAAGUCCUCUUGCUUAUCCAUUAUGGGAUCAUUCCACCUCAAGCCAGCUUCCAGACUUUGAGCCCUGCUCUGAAAGCCACUGCGGACGAUAUGCUGGAGGUUUGCACCAAACAGACGCCUUGGAAUGUCGAGUAUCGUGCAGCGCUUAUCAACAACUAUGGAGCUUCCGGAUCGAAUGCAUCCAUGAUUGUCACCCAGCCACCCAAACUGCGCGGGAACGGUCCAUUCUCCCCUCCUACCGAUGGUGGGAAAUACGCAUUUUGGCUGACUGGUUUGGACGAGCGCAGUCUUCGAGACUAUGCUCGCAGGCUCAGCGGUUUUCUCGCAUCUAAAAAGAUCUCAUCGCUGUCUAGCUUGUCUUUCAAUGCCUACCGGCAGUCCAAUCGCGCCCUUCCGCAUGGUCUAAUUUUUAGCUCCAGCUCAAUGGAAGAGCUGCAGACUCAGUUGACUGACUUCGCUAAGGGGAACGGGAAGCUGUCCGCCACCACACGGAAGCCAGUUCGUCCUGUGAUACUUUGCUUCGGGGGCCAAAUAUCCCGGUUUGUUGGGUUGGACAAAGCAGUCUAUGAGUCCAUUGGCACGUUGCGCACACACCUUGAUCGCUGUGAUGCGACGCUCCAGUCGCUGGGCCUCGACGGCUUAUACCCCGGGAUCUUCGAAAGGAGCCAGGUUGACGACCCUGUCAAGCUUCAGACGAUGCUCUUUGCCCUGCAGUACUCAUGUGCUAAAUGCUGGCUUGACUGUGGCCUUCAGCCAGUUGCUGUGGUUGGGCACAGCUUCGGAGAGCUCACUGCUCUUUGCAUCGCCGGCGUGCUCACUCUCAGAGACUCGCUUCAAGUGGUAGCAAUGCGAGCUCAGCUCAUCAAGAGCAGUUGGGGCCCUGACCCCGGUGCUAUGAUGGCAGUGGAGGGAAACCUGGCCGACGUCCAGACACUACUAAAGAAUGCCGAAAGGGCAUGCCCUGAGGAAACACCCGCUACCGUGGCCUGCUUCAAUGGGCCCACAACGUUCACUCUCGCCGGGUCUACUAAAGCCAUUGACGCCGUGAGUGAAUGCAUCUCUUCAGUUUCCGUAGUCCGGGGAAAGAAGCUCUCUGUAUCCAAUGCAUUCCAUUCGACGCUCGUUGAGCCACUCAAAGACCAGCUUGGACAACUGGCAGAGGGCAUGAUCUUCGGGGAGGCCAAGAUCCGGUGGGAGAGGGCUACUGAGAAUCAGACCUCUGCGAACAUCGGGCCCGAGUUCUUCGCAUCCCACAUGCGCGAUCCCGUCUACGCCAACCAUGCAUUGCAGAGACUGCAUCGAGAGUUCCCCUCGGCAAUAUGGCUGGAGGCUGGCUCAAAUUCCACCAUCACCCGAAUGGCAAACAAAGCGCUCGGGUUCCCUGCUGAGUCCUACUUUGCCGACAUCAAUAUAACUUCUGACUCCGCCUCGAAUACGCUUACGGAGAGCUUUGUUAAUCUGUGGAAGGAGGGACUGGCCAUUCCGCACUGGGCUCACCAUUGUACCCAGGCACCGGCUUAUUCGACACUGCUGCUGCCCCCGUAUCAAUUCGAGAAAUCUCGACAUUGGCUCGAGCUCAAGAAGCCACAAGCAGUCCAACUAAUUGAGCUGCCAUCCAAGGCCCAACAGGAAGAGCUUCCAACGAAGCUCUACACAUUUGUUGGUUAUCAAGAUGAAGGAAAGCGCCAGGCUCGUUUCAGGGUCAACACAAUGAUCAAGGCGUAUGAGGAAUUUGUCUCCGGUCAUUUGAUCGUACAGACAGCUGCAAUUUGCCCGGCAACCCUCGAAGUGGAUAUCACGAUCGAAGCGCUCUUCACCUUGUGUCCUGACUUUAAGGCUACAGGACUCCAACCACAGGUCGCAAACGUUGAAAAUUUGGUUCCCAUCUGCGUGGACCCCUCGCGUGUGCUCUGGCUCGACCUCCGGGCAACGACGUCUGAUUUCAAGUCCUGGGAAUGGCAGAUGGUCAGUACGAAUGAAAAAGGUGAAUCGAAAUCUACGCACGUGAAGGGCCAAAUCAUAUUCCAGUCUGCAGCCGAAGCUCAGGCUGAGUUCUCUCGUUAUGAACGUCUGGUUCCUCACCGGAGAUGCACAGAGAUCCUCAACGACUCGGAUCCAGACGACGUCCUCCAGGGACGGAACAUGUACAAGGUCUUUGCCGAGAUUGUAGACUACUCUGAGCCUUAUCGAGGCCUUCGGAAGCUGGUUGGAAAGGGCACCACCUCCGCGGGCCGUGUUGUGAAGCAACGUUCCGGAGAAACUUGGCUCGAUACCCAUAUAUCAGACUGCUUCAGUCAGGUAGGAGGAUUCUGGGUGAAUUGUAUGACCGAUCGCUCCGCGUCCGACAUGUACAUUGCCGCCGGCUUUGAAUCAUGGAUUCGCAGACCCGGAAGCACGGCCGCACAGGAUGAUCCUGAGAAGACUUCCGUGUGGGAUGUUAUGGCUUGUCACGUCAAAGCUUCGGAAAAGGCAUACACCACCGACAUCUUCAUCUUUGAUGCCACCAGCGGGCUUCUUUCUGAGAUCAUUCUUGGCAUCAAUUAUUCCAGGCUACCCAAGUCCACAAUGAGUAAGAUGUUGACAAAGCUGACCGCUCCGAGCGAGAGGAGGGCACAGGUUGACUCACCGUCGAUGCCUGCAUCAAUCAAUGCACCCCCCAGCGCAUCGGAACAGGCACCGGUUGAGCCAGCGCCACAGACAAAAGAAUCGGCCCCCAUUGCCGAGCCCGGCGCCGGGGGUCAGAGCAACUCCAAAGUCCCUGGAAUUGUUGUCGAAGUCCUUGCAGAGCUGAGCGGUGUAGAGCCUGACGCGAUCAAGAUGUCCACCAAACUUGCCGACAUUGGAAUAGACUCCCUGGUUGGUAUGGAGAUGGUUCACGACUUGGAAUCCAAGUGCGAAUGUUCCUUGGACAUGGAUGAGAUGGCCGAAGUAGUCACCGUCAAUGAUGUGGUGCAAUGCGUUCACAAAACACUCGGUAUUGAAGGAGGCUCUGCCGCGCAGGAGAGCGAAGGCAAUCUCACACCUGCUUCGAGUGGCACUCAGAGCCCACGAAGUGAUCCUGUUUCCGACACAAGCUUGUCCGAUCUCGAACAGCUGCCCAGAAAAGAGUCAGACCUUGAACUGCAACUUUCUGCUUCCGACGUGCUGGGUGCUUUCGGAGAAACGAAGAAACUGACCGAUCAAUUCAUCACUGAUUUCAACUGCGCGGGCUACAUGGAUAAUAUCAACCCGAAGCAAACACAACUCUGCAUCGCCCUCACUAUCGAAGCCUUCGAGAAGCUUGGGUGCAAUCUGCGGACGGCCAAGGCGGGUGAAGCCUUGCCUCGCAUCAGCCAUGCGCCGCAACAUGGACGGUUGACGCAGUAUCUUUACGACAUGCUUGAGCACGAAGGGCGGCUGAUUGACAUCGACGGCGACAGGAUCGUGCGAACAGCUGUUUCAGUACCACAUAAAUCGAGCAAGGAGAUCUUAGCCAGCCUGGAGGCCGCAUACCCAGAGCACGUCUGUGCCAAUCGCCUGGCCUUUUUCUGUGGCACACGCUUGGUAGAGGUGCUCGAAGGCAAGCUCGAUGGGGUGAAACUGAUCUUCGGGAACGAAGAAGGCCGGCAACUAGUUGCAGGCUUAUACGGUGACACUCAGCUGAACAGGAUCUUCUAUAAACAGAUGGAAGAUAUCUUGACUCGUCUGAUCUCGCGUAUCCCGCGCGACUCCGGCCCGCUGAGGAUCCUCGAGAUGGGCGCUGGCACAGGCGGCACAACGAAAUAUCUCGUACCACUCCUCGCAAAACUCGGAGCGCCCGUCGAAUACACAUUUACCGAUCUGGCACCCUCAUUUGUUGCUGCUGCUCGCCGGCAAUACAAGGCGUACCCAUUCAUGAAGUUCCACGCUCAUGAUAUUGAGCAGGAGCCCGCGCAAGAUCUCCUCGGGACGCAGCAUAUCAUCAUAGCCAGUAACGCUGUUCACGCAACCCACAGCUUGACGGUUUCCGCAAAGAAUAUGCGCAAGGCGCUCCGGCCAGAUGGCUUCCUGAUGAUGCUGGAGAUGACGCAGACGGUACCAUGGGUGGAUAUCAUCUUCGGCCUCCUCGAGGGCUGGUGGCUGUUCGACGACGGUCGCCAGCAUGCGAUUUCUCCCGAGUCCCGGUGGGAGAAAGAUCUACAAUCUGUCGGCUACGGCCAUAUAGACUGGACGGAUGGUCACCUGGCAGAGAACAAGCUCCAGCGCAUCAUCAUUGCCAUGGCAUCUGGUCCGCAGGGUGGGCGGCUUCCUCUUCCAGCGCCGCCGAUAGCUCAGUCAACUUCCAACAUUACUGAGAGGGCAACCGCUGUAGAGGGGUACGUGGAUAGAUUUACUUCAGGCUUUGCUAUGCAGCCAUUGGCAUCCGCGCCAGGCACUACGGUCAGGAAAGAUAGUGCGCAGUGUGUCCUUGUGACAGGGGCAACGGGGAGUUUAGGUGCACACCUGGUGAAGGAGUUGCUGGGCCGGUCCGACGUGGCAACAGUGAUUUGCCUCAACCGACUCAGUCGAGGCACCAAUCCCGAGCAGCGACAGUACAGAUCGUUCGAAGAAAAGGGACUGAAGCUCGACUCUUCUCAGUCGGCCAAGCUGCGGAUCAUUGAGACGGAUACGUCCAAGCCUCUGUUGGGCCUCAGCGCCGAGCAAUAUGAGGAGGUUGCCCACAUGGUGACUGCUAUCGUACACAACGCGUGGCCGAUGAGUGGCGCCCGACCACUGCGAGGCUUCGAAGCACAGUUUUCAGUGAUGCGCAACCUGAUCGAUCUUGCGCGCGACGCCGCCUACGUGUCUCAGACCAUCACCUUCCAAUUCAUAUCCUCUAUCGCGGUCGUCGGUCACUAUCCGCUCUGGAGCCGCGAACGCAAUGUACCGGAAGAACGUGUCGGUAUCGAAUCGAUUCUCCCCAAUGGCUAUGGUGACGCCAAGUACGUCUGCGAACGCAUGCUCGACGCCACACUGCAUAAGUAUCCGGAUCACUUCCGCGCUAUGGGCGUGCGUCUGGGUCAGGUAGCUGGCAGUAGUGAGACGGGCUACUGGAACUCUCUGGAGCAUCUGAGCUUCUUAGUCAAGUCGUCCCAGACCCUUCGCGCAUUGCCAGACUUCCAGGGUGAGCUGUCGUGGACUCCGGUGGAUGUUGUUGCGUCUACCUUGGCCGAUUUGGUCUCGUACGCUGCCGCCGACUUCUCCGCCGCAAGCACGGUCUAUCCGAUCUACCACAUCGACAACCCGGUGCGGCAGCCCUGGAAGGAGAUGAUCUCCGUCCUGGCACGGGCCCUCGAUAUUCCGCCGGCCAAUGUGCUCCCAUUCCCGGAAUGGGUGCGUCGCGUACGACGCUUCCCUGGAUCAACCGAGAAGGACAACCCCGCGUUCAAGCUCAUUGAUUUCUUGGAUGACAACUUCGUGCGCAUGUCCUGCGGUGGACUGCUACUCGACACGCGUCAUACGCAACAGCACUCGCCCACACUUGCGGCGCAAGGACCUGUAAGCAACCAGGUCGCUGAAGGGUAUAUCCGGUACUGGAAAAGGACGGGUUUUCUCGCUGGUUAA